AGACCUUAAAUAUCAUUAGUCUUGUAGAAUUUUUCAACAUGUCUACUGUAUGUAUACUGUUUUAAUAAUAUGUAUAAUAUUAUAAUAAUUUUGGGUCAAUUAUAAUUAUAAUAAAUAGUAAUAAUGGCGUUGGGAAUAUUUAGUAGUGCUUUGAAAACAAUAAAAGAUACAAAUAUAACAAUAAUUUUUACUGUAGCAAUUGCAAUUGGUGUUGUGUAUAGGUGUGUAUCGCCCUGGCUUGAUGGCGAUUCUGAUAAAUCUCAUGAUGGUGUUAUAAAUUGUGAUAAAUUAAGUGACCGUUGUUUGGGAUCUAAUCCAUCGGUUGUAAAACGUAAAUAUAAGAAACGAAAAAAAAUAAUUAAAUUUAUUCCUGAAUUAACGGAUCAUGAUAUAUCAUCAACUCAAUUGCUUUCCUUUAAAUUUGGUUCUUCAGCUACGACAAAUGCUGUUGCAACCUCGCAAUUAAAAGAUAAAAAAAUUAUUAACUCUACAACUUUUAAAAAAUCAAAUUUAAAUUCAUCAUCAAUUACAAGAGAAUUAUGUAAAAUAACAACAGCCACACAAACAGAUCCAAUAUUAAAUAAAACAAUAACUAAUUAUAUUGAUAUUGAUAAUUUAAAUAAUUCAACUAAUUACAAUGAAUUAAAAAAAAAAGAUUUUUUUUCAACAAAUGAUCAACGACCAGAAAUAAGUGUUAUAACAAGAAAAAAUGAUAAAAUUGUUAAACCUCCCCGUGCACAUCCACCUAUUUCUCGUUCAAAUAUAUCCAAAAAUACAGUAGACAAUUCAUUGAGUAAAAAAAAUAAUUCACUUUAUCCAGAAAUUUAUGUGAUUGAUCAUAAUGAUUCAAAAUCAUUUCCAUCAAUUUCUUCAAUUGAUGAAAAUAAUAAUUAUUACCAACAACAAUCUUUAAUCUCAUCACCAAAAAAAACUUUCAAUAACAAUUUAAUUUUUAAAAAAUCAAAAAGUUUUAUUAAAAAAUGUCGUCGUAUAUUAAAUUUAAAUAACAACAAUAGUAAAAGUAAAAGCACGAGUAAGAGUAAGAGUAAGAGUAUAGAUACGACAGAUACCACAGAUACGUCGAAAUCUUCAUUCUUAAUUACAUCAGCUUUGGCAACUCUACCGGUAGGUCACUCAACUUUUAUGGACAUAAAUAUGUCUCAAGUUGUAGCUGCUGGAGGUCAAGAUAAAGAAGAAACAAAAAACACACAGAGAUCUAUCAUUAAUAAAAAGAGUUCCAAAGUUUAUACGAAGAAUAAUCAUCAAUUGAUUAAUUAUCCACAUUUUGAGCAAUCAGUUAUUGAUAAAAAAAAUGUUAUUGUUGAAAUCAACUCACAGAAUCGUCCAGAGUGUCGGAUUGUCAAUAAUGAUGAUGAGAAUAUUUUUAAUUUAUGUCAAGAUGAUGAUAAUAAUAAUAACAAUAACGAGUCUAGUUGUAUUACGGGAUUUACUAAAGAUUUGCAUCAGAUUUUUAAAGAUGUAAAAUCGUAUUUUAGAAUAUCAAGUAGUUAUCAUAAUUUAAAUAAUAAAAGUAAUUGGACAAUUAACAUGUCAACAUUAAAAAAAAGCACAAGUUUUACUUUGCUUAAAAAAAGCUAUACAAAUAUUAACAAGUGUUAUAGUCUAUAGAUAAUAUAUUCAAGAUAUGUUUUCAAAUUUUGUUAUAUAUACUUAUGUAUAAAACUGUUGUUAUAUAUGUGUUAUAUUUAUAUUGCCAUUUAAUUAAUAAUUUGUAUAUUAAAAAAACACAUACAUGUUAUUUUUAU